UGUGGAACCAAACCAUCAUUUUGUCCAUUCGGAAAUUCACAUUGAGAGAGCGUUUAUAUUCAAUGAAAUGUUGACAAUUUAAACUAUUUGCUUGAAUCCAAGACCGCGUGCACUGCCAUAGGUGAAGGUGAUUCCCUUAUCGCUGACUCGAGAAUUGUGGUGGGCAGAUUUAUAAUUACUCUGGGGUGCAUUUCAUUGACAUCUUGGAUUUCUGGCCAAGUGAUGUAAUUUUAUGUUUUUCUUCUGUAGUAUUUAAUUAGUCACGUGAACAACGUCAUACAGUUUAACAUAAUGUGGAUUUUUAAGUGUGUAGGCUGCGACCGAUCCUUUGAUUAAUUUUUCCACCAGAAAACACGUGUUGGUGUUAAAACAAAUCAUAGGAAUUUGCCUUCCAGCUUGCACGGUUCCCGUUCAUACAAUAAGAUUCGAAAAUGCACUCGAUGUGAAGGGUAUAAAUAUUGACUCUUUUUCGGAGCAUUACACCGUAUCCGAAUUUAAAAGAUCUGUGAGAGUCAAUGGAUUUGGUAACUCUGUACGGUGAGCUCGGAAUUGAUGAUUCCUCGCUGGACAACAUGAUGAAUGGAGAAGCCAACUACAAGAGUCGUGAAGAACAAAAUUACGAUGCUGCGUAUCAGCGAAUGCCUACAGUGAUCUUCCUAGGAAUUCUUAUUUUUGUGGGAGUAAUUGGAAAUAUAAUCGUCCUUGUUGUAUACAUCCGGAAAUAUCCCUCCACGACGUUUAAAUUCUACAUUUUAGCCUUAGCCGUCAUUGACCUUUUAACAUGCAGUAUCAGCAUGCCAUUUGAAAUCGCGGACAACGUUCUUCCUUUUUUAUUUUUCAAUGAAACGUUAUGUCAAGUGGGGCGUUUUCUAGGAAAUGUGUUCAAAAUUGCUUCGGCUUUUGUGAUUGUCGUCAUGGCAAUAGGGAGAUACAAGAAGAUAUGUCAUCCAUUCAGCAAGAGUACAACCAUAUCUCAGGCUAGGCUAGCAUGCGUUGUCUCUGUAGUUCUAGCAAUUGUGUUUUCAUGGCCGACUAUAUUAAUCCAAGGCAUAAGGGAACGCAAUCUGAAGUUCAACAUCACAGGUUUUGACUGUACGAUAAACUCGGACAUGGCACAUACGAAUUAUCCAUUCAUAUUUUCUACCGUGUUGUUUUCAUUGUACGCUAUUGUGUUUUUAGCAUUAGUGGUCCUGUAUAGUUUAGUUAUUUACUCCCUCAAUCAGCACGCUAAAGAACAAGAACAGUUUGCCUUCAAUGACAACGUUCGGAAAUCCAAUCCAAGAAUCACAAAAAUGAUGAUAGCAAUAACAGUUGCUUUUAUUUUGUGUUAUAUACCUAACUGUAUUCUUGACGCCAUCUCUACAUUCAAACACGGUUACGUAGCGCCCCCUAGUCCCAUCGUCCUGGCAACAUUUCCUUUGAUUGCAAGGACAUUCUUCAUUAACAAUGUCAUAAAUCCGUUCAUCUACUUAUUCGGAGAUCCAAAAUUCAGAAAUAUCAUAAGACAGACUAUACGAUGGCUGUUUUACACAAUUUGCAAGCCAGGGAAAAAGAAGUUAAAAGAUUUCACAGUGGCUGAGACAAUGCAUCUAACAGACGUGAAACACAUAUCACAUUCGUAAUUUAAAAAACAA